CACCUCUCUUCCCAGUUUCCCACCUCACUUCCCCCGUGUCUCUCAAAAUUUCCCCAUUUUUCAAACUCCAAUUCAAAAUUCACACACACUCACACACUAUAACUCCCCUCCCCCCCUUUUCACCUUCCCCCCACACCACUCUCUCCGAUUUCAGCUUAAACUUCUCUACCAUUCCAGAAAACAAAAAUUAAAAAUCAGAACUGGAGAAAAAGAUUGCUUUGCAAAAUUCUGAAGGUGUUUCAAUUUUGAAAAGAAGCUGAGAAGGAAGCUGUAAGCCGAGCUCUGUUUUUUCUUUUUUCGCUUUUUGGUCUGGGGAUGGUGUUGAUGAUGUUGGUGGUGAUGAGUUCCGAGACGGUGCUCUCGUGCUUAUUCCCGAAAUUUACGACCUAUUAGGAAUUUUUCUAUACGAAAUCUCCAGUCUCUUUUUUUUUUUUUUCUUUUUGUUUUUUUCCUUCCUCUCUCUCUCCUUCUGUUUCUCCUUUUUGUAUAGUAGAGAGUAUUUUCCUCCUACCUUUUUUUUUUGUCUGUGGCUUUGAAUUUUGAAAAUGGAGGCAGCAGCUCGUCACCGGAGGACUAAAAGCGCCGCAUCCAUUGAAGGAAACCUUCAGAGUCAAAGACAAAAAAGUAGUCCUAUACUGAGCUCUUAUAGCUGUGCAGCCCCUAAGGAAAAUUUGUUGCAGAACUCUGUAAAACAAGGAAGUGGCACACCUAUAAAGAAGCUACUAGCUCAAGAAAUGGUAAAAGAUAAUGAAACUCGGAAAAAACAACCAAGUGUUAUUGCUCGAUUAAUGGGUCUUGAUGGACUCCCAUCCCCACAGCCAAUCCAUAAGCAGCAGAGAAAGUUGGAGAAGAAUGUGAAGCAGACUGCCUCAACAUACCUUCCUCAGAAGGAGCAAUAUUUUGAGGAUCAACCGUCUAGGAUUGAGUCAAUUGAUCAACCAGAGUUCAAAGAUGUGUAUGAAGACAUGGAAGCUUCACAUGUCAUGAGUCAUCGUUGUUCCUCAAGAUGGACUACAAAUUCUAGGCUUUUGAAGCCAGAGAUGGCCCACUUACAGCAGAAGUUUACGAGGAAAAAAAGCCAUCCAAGUUAUGACGAGCUUAAUGGUACUCUCUCAAUUAUUGACUCAACUAAUGAGCUGCUGCUGAAAUAUCUUGAGCAUCCGGAUGUCUUGUUUUUGAAGCAUUAUCGUACUUUGCAAGAUGAUCCUUCCAGUUCUCCAUAUAGUCACAUGUCGUCAUUGGAACUAUCAAACUCUGUCGAGCAUCAAGGAUAUGCUAAAGUUCAGAGGCUGACAAGAGAUGGUGUGCACAAACAUGAUAACACCCGCAAGAAACGUGCAGAUGGUCUUCUUCUGCAGUCUCAUAAUCAUCAAGGUUCACGUAAUAGUUGGCAAUUAUCACGCAAUCAAGCGAACGUGAAAGAUGAUGUAAACCCAUCUACAACAAGAAUUGUUGUUUUGAAACCAAACAUAGGUAAGAGGGUUAAUACAACAUGUGUUCCAUCCCCAGAGUCCUCACAUGCAUCUUCCCCGACCACAAGGAAACGUCUGCAGUAUACAGGGUCUAGCAAUGGGGACACAUUAUCAUGCAGAAAAAAGAAUUCAUCCAGAAAAACAUUCUCCUCGAAUUCCACUUCCAGAGAAUGCGAAGAUGUUUCCAAGGAAAGUACUAUGGAAACAAUCAAAUAUCUCGAACCUUCCACUGGUCUUCGAGGAUAUGCUGGAGAUGAGAGUUCUUAUGAUGCCUAUGAAAGCGACUCUUCCAGUGCAUCAGAAGUGAUGAUGAUGUCUUCUAGAAAUUCUUUUGAUGGGAGUGACUGGGUCAGGCGUUCAUCUUCUGGUCCAUUUGAAUCAGUGGUGAGCAAGGAAGCUAGGAAAAGACUAUCUGAGAGAUGGAAGAUGGCCUCCAAGUUCCAAAGUUCGGAGCCUUCUGCCAAGGUUAGCACCUUAGGGGAAAUGCUGGCUGUACCUGAAAAGGACAGUGUGCAACAACAUGCUGAGGCUGGAACUGCUCUGGAUGAGUCCAGUGAAAGAUUUCUGGGCAGCAGUAAUAGUUCAGGCUGGGAUGGUCCUCGGGGUAUCAGCAGCAGAGAUGGCUGGAAGGAAGGAUACAUCAGAACUUCGUCUCGUUCAAGAUCUCUUCCGCCUUCAAUUGGGAACAGAAAUCGUAAAACACAUGGAAGGCGUGAAACAAAUGCAGGUGACUGUGUGAAGAAGGAAAAAGAUACCAGGAAAAUUAAGUCAAGGAAAGGAGAUCUCAGGAAUGAUGGUGAUAUUUCAGAAAAAGAUGAUAUCUUGAGCAAUUUUAAAUCUGACCCUUGUCUUGACAAAUUUGUGGAUAAUAGUGGCUCUUCACGAGAUGUUAGUUCCUAUCAGGUUCGAGAUGUUAAUUUUUCGCAAAGGGUUCAGCAUGAAUCGAACUUUGUUUGCACCCAAGCACCUCAUCGCACGGAUUCCUCUGGAUGCUCUAUCAGGGAUUUACCCACAAAUGUUGAACCUGAGCCGUUGCCGUUAUCUUCUGACCCCUUCACUAACUUGUAUCCCAAGCAUGGUGAUUCAUUCAUACCACCUGAUGGUUCUUCUGCUCGAAACCAAGAAGAUAUAGCUCUAGAGGAACCUGUGUUGGUAUCAGAAGCGAAGUCUGCUUCCUUUGAGAGUUGUGGGCUUGAACUAGAAUCCUAUGAAAGCUCUAAGGAGGCUGAUCAUUGUAGUCCAGUUUCUGUUUUGGAGGUUCCUUUCCCAGAGGAUGUAUCAUGCAGUCCAGAUUCCUUUGAGAUAGUUAAUGCUAAAAUCAAACAACUACGAAUUGAAUUGCAGCUCCUCAAGAUGGAGUCAGACGGUUGUACAGAUACUCCUAUGCCUCUCUCAAACAACCUAGACACCAUGCAGCGUCAACCAGGAAAGAUCUUUGAAGAGGAACAAAUUGUAGGAGAUGAUACUUGGGAAUCUUCUUACAUAGAUGACAUGCUCCUCUUUUCUGGCCUUGAGGAUUUCCACCCCAAUACAUUAAACUUGGCGUCAUGGCAUUCUCCUGAAUGUCCUAUAGGUCUAUGGGUGUAUAACAGUCUUGAGAAGAAGUACACUGAUGAGAGAACUGAGCUCAAGUUUGAAAGAAGACUGUUGUUUGACCUCGUCAAUUCCGCUCUUCUGGAAUUGUUCCAGCAGUACAUAAGCAGGUCCUAUUCAUUGCAACCUUUAAUGAUUGGAGUUCCAAAAUGGCAAAGACAUGGGAUCAAAGAACAUUUGAAGGAGAUGCUAUUUCGCCAGGAAAAUAUGAUGAACAAAGAGAAACUGGAAAUCACGCUGGAUAGGGAAAUGAACUGGUUAGGGUUCAGAGAUUCAGUUAAAGCCAUAGGGGAGGAUAUUGAGAAACUGUUGAUAGAUGACCUUAUAGAAGAGCUUCUAACUGUGUAGGGUUCGUAGCAAAACUCAAUGCAUUGUACUGAUUGGUGAUGGUUACGAAGGCUGGUGAAUUAGAUGGAAUGUUAGUUCUAGAUGAAUGCUGCGGCAAUAAAUGUGCUAAAGAACAGAUGUUGCAUCAUAUGUUUGUUGAAAAUUUUGUUGAUAGCGAAUCAUUUAACUAGGCGUUCACCUAAUUUUGUGAUAUUCUCCCAGUCCCAAAAUUAGAGUAGUAUUAUUUUCUUGCGAGGGAACUUCAUGUCGUGCCCUUGUUUUUGUGGUGCAGAGCUUGACCCCUUUCCUUCUACAUGAAGAAUCCAGGAGCUAACAAAAAUUUCAGGGCUUUCUUUUUAGAACCAUGAUUUGUAAUUGUGGGAGCUAUCAGGUUUUAGAUAGAAUUCGAUGAGCAAGUAUAUUCUUCUUCUCUUAUCUGCUGCAUGCAGUAUUUAUGAUAUCAUUACUCUUUUCAGGAGGC